AUGGCUUUACAUAAUGAUAUCUUCGCCGUUAGAUACGACGAGAAGGAGAUGAAAGGUCUUAACGUUGACACAAAUUUUUCUUCUUCCUUCGACCCACAGAGAAGAUAUGAAUGGCACAAUUUUUGGGAUGACGUGGAAUCAAUUCUGCCAACAACAAAUAUCACGUGGUUGGACACUUCCAAGGUAGAAGAAGCCAGAUGGGAGCAAACGGAAGAGCAAGAAAAUGUGAAAAAACCAUUCAGUGAUUUAUCAAAUAUUCAAAGCAAGGCAUUGUUGACUGUUGCUGAUCAGAAGCAAUCAGAAACGCGUUUGGAUAAUUCCAAAACAGAAAAAGAAGAAAGAUUGAAGAAACAGUCAAGUAUUCAAAGCAUUCAAGAAGAGGCAUUGUCAACGUUUUCUAAGAAACCCGCGGCGGCUGAUGAGAUGCAUAGUCUCCGAACAGAAGAAGUGACGCCGGUGGAAAAGAAAGAACCUGAGAUGGCGUUGGAUGAUCGAUCAGAUAGGAGCUGGGCUAUUUUUGUGAGAAAGAAAAAGAGAUGUAAUCAUUGUGGUAGCACAGAAACACCUCAAUGGAGGCCAGGUCCAACGGGGAGAAGUACACUGUGCAAUGCAUGUGGUAUGCGAUAUAAGUCAGGAAAGCUAUUGCCUGAAUAUAGACCAAGGUCAAGUCCAGCUUUUGAUGGAAGAAAGCAUUCAAAUUUUCACAAAAGGAUAAUGCGCAUGCGAAGAUUUUCAACACCAGAGUAA